CAGAGCAAAUACCACUGGCUCUGCAUUCUCAGUCACUGCGUGCUAUUGCACCGAGUAGGAGCCAAAGGUAAAAGGAAGUUUGAAACAAUGAAAACGUUAGCAGGACUCAUUCUGGGACUGCUCAUCUGUGAUGCUGCUCGGGCCGCUCCCACCCUAGAGCCCAUCCACUACGACUCAGAACCAUAUGACGCCACCCUGGAGGACCCGGAUCCUUUUUACAGUCUUGAAAGCCUACCCGUUGAUCAAGCUGAGAUUGAAAUAGGAACAACGAUGCCUUCUGGGAACAGAGAGCUCCUGACCCCACCACCCUUGCCAAAGGAGGAGGAAGGUGAAGAGGAAGAAGAGGAAUCCACCCCCAGGCUGAUCGAUGGCUCUUCCCCACAGGAGCCAGAAUUCCCUGGAGUUUUGGGCCCCCACACCAAUGAAGACUUUCCCACCUGCCUUCUGUGUACUUGCAUAAGUACAACAGUCUACUGUGAUGACCGUGAACUUGAUGCGAUCCCUCCACUGCCCAGGAACACUGCUUAUUUCUAUUCCCGCUUUAACAGAAUUAAAAAGAUCAACAAAAAUGACUUUGCAAGCCUAAAUGAUUUAAAAAGGAUUGAUCUGACAUCAAAUUUAAUAUCCGAGAUUGAUGACGAUGCAUUCAGAAAGCUGCCUCAACUUCGAGAGCUUGUUCUGCGUGACAAUAAAAUAAGGCAGCUCCCAGAAUUGCCAACCACGUUGACAUUUAUUGAUGUGAGCAACAACAGACUUGGGAGAAAAGGAAUAAAGCAAGAAGCAUUUAAAGAAAUGUAUGACCUCCAUCAUCUCUACCUGACUGAUAACAACUUGGACCAUAUCCCUCUGCCACUCCCAGAAAACCUCCGGGCCCUUCAUCUCCAGAACAACAACAUUCUGGAGAUGCAUGAAGAUACCUUCUGCGAUAUUAAAAAUUUGACUUACAUUCGUAAGGCACUAGAAGACAUUCGAUUGGAUGGGAAUCCCAUCAAUCUCAGCAAAACUCCACAAGCAUAUAUGUGUCUACCUCGUUUGCCAAUUGGAAGCCUUGUGUAAUUUCAAAUAAUGUAAGAAUGAUCAUGUCGGGGAUAACAAAAAAGUCUUGCUGUGCCUUUAACAACAAAACUCAUCAUGGUACUUCUGAAAGAUGCUAUGAUUACAUAAUAUACAACUAAGAAGUUUAAGAUAUGUUGAUGAUUUAGUAAAUUAAGAAAGUACCAGGUGGGUUAGGAAUGUACCUACAGAUGCACAAAAAGGUCAAAACUAAAUCAUAGAAAUUGUGUAGGCAUGAUACAGAAGUCAUACGUAACUUGCAUGUUCUAGGGAUUCCUAUCCUAGUAAUUUGAAACUAAAUUUAUCAGAGAUACAAAUUUAAACACCUUAGGUAUUUUUUGAAGCUACAGAUGUUUUUUCAUAUUUUUUUUCUAUUCUGCUUUUUUUUUUUUGACUAAAGCAUAUGCCU